AUCUCUCUUCCAAUUUGUGGUCUCUUUCCUCCCCCUAUAAGUGAGCACCCGAAUAGCGAAAUCCAGUUGGACUUUCUUUUCAGCCUUCACCGUUCCAUCGGCAUCAACGAUGGCGCCAUUCGGUACGCCGAUUCGUAAGGCACCUCGCCCUUAAAUCCCACAAAGGCCAGAUCCCAUUCAUUCCGUUCCUUCUCUUCUAUCAUUGUCCUUCCCUUCCAGAUCCACACCGUCACAGGUUGAGACACAGAAGCCCCGCUGUUCCCGUCAAUUGCUUCUCUUUCGUGUAGCUUGUCCUCCUCUUCUUGCAUCUCUGCUUUUCGAUAAAUUGCUUUGAAGCAGAAGCGAAGGAAGAAUACCGAGCCUCUGAUCUUUUGCUGGAAACAGGGAUUUCUCUGUUGGUUCUUUCUUUUUUCUUCUCUCUCUCUGUAAGGAGACCGUGUUUCGAGGCGGACAGACCAACCAUUUUUCGUUUCAUAGCUCGUCUUUCUGCCGAGUGGAAGCAAAAGCCGGUUCUUCUCUUCUGCUCACUGGUUUUCCUUGGAUAAGAAGAGCGACCAACUUCGUUUUUGGAGUUCAAAGGAGGACCCAAUUCGCCAUUUCGUCGGUUUUCCAUGUUUUUGCAACCAUUCGAAGCUCCCACUAAUUCAUUAAUGGCGGAAAUCGCUAGCAGGAAUUUCGUGAACCCGAUCGCCGGCGGUUUCCCGCUUCAAGAAGGCCAGAAUUUCUCUUCGAAUUUCUCUCCGUUCAUACUUCAAGGCGUCAGUCCGAUCGUGGAGAACCCGGCCGACGACUUCUCAUGCGGAUUCUCUGCGUCGAGGAAGCGCGGGAGGGAUGAAUUCCGGUCGGUGUUUGACCGGGAGAUUUUGGUCAAAGUCCAGCGUCAAUGCCAAGAGCUCGAUCGAUUCGUAGCUCUCCAAACGGAGAAGACACGGGCAGAGCUGGAGGAGAAGAGGAGGAGCUACUGGAGGCAGGUGGUGGCGGCGGCGGAGGUGGGGAUGCAGCGGAUACUGAGGGGGAAGGACGAGGAGAUUGAGAGCAUGAACCGGCGGAACAGCGCGCUCGAGGAGAAAGUGAGGGCGCUGCUGGUGGAGGGGCAGGUGUGGCGGAACCUCGCGCAGGCCAACGAGGCCACGGUGGUGGCGCUGCGUCGGGACCUGGAGCUGCUGCUGCUGUCCAACGCCAACGCCGAUGGUAACAACAACGCCAAGGCGCCCUCCUCGCUGGAGGAGGGACAGGGGGACAACGGCGAGUGCUGCAGCUACGGGGAGGCGGCAGAUAAAGACGCCGCCGCCAAGUCGGGAUGCGACGGAGGCGGAGGAGUUGGGGAGGUGGAGGCAGAUGAGCAGAAGGGGAGGAGGAGGAGGGUAAUGGGGUGUAAGGUGUGCGGGACGAGGGAGGUGUCGGUGUUGGUGCUGCCGUGCCGGCACCUCUGCCUCUGCAGUGAGUGCGACGGGAGGUCGGAGAAGUGCCCACUCUGCUUCUCCCCCAAGACUGCCACUGUCCAAGUCUACAUGUCUUGACUCUUUCUCUCUCUCUCUCUCUCUCCUUCUACAGGGAGGAGAACAAUUCUUUUCUAUUCAUUCAAAAAAUGAUAAAAAUACCUUGAAAGCUAUUA